CAAACCAAUGAUAUAUAAACCCCUCGAAUUCAAAACACAAAAUCCUUGCUAGGGUUUUAAAUGUUAACUUUAGUUCCCAUUUUGUCUGGAGCUUUCGAGAUUCAAACAAUGGCAGCUAGAUUCUUCAUUUCAAGAAGUUCAUCCAAAACCCUCAGUCAACUUCUUCUACCAUGUCUCCACCAAUCUCACUACCUCGCUACCACUCUUCCCCGAAACUCAAGAGGCUUUUCCUCUGAGCCUCCCGGCUUUGCCUCCGAUAACCGUGUUCCGGCCACCGUCAUCACUGGUUUUCUCGGUUCUGGAAAGACUACUCUCUUAAAUCAUAUCUUAACUGCUCAACAUGGCAAACGGAUUGCUGUUAUCGAAAACGAGUUUGGUGAGGUUGAUAUUGAUGGAUCAUUGGUUGCUAGUCAUUCAUCUGCAUCUGAAGAAGACAUUGUCAUGGUCAACAAUGGUUGCCUUUGUUGUACCGUGCGAGGAGAUCUAGUUAAAAUGCUGUUGGACCUGGUUAAGAAGAAAAAUGACAAAUUUGACCAUAUUGUUAUAGAAACCACAGGCCUUGCUAAGCCAGCUCCUGUUAUAGAAACCUUUUGUUCUGAUGAACUGGUUUCACCGUAUGUGAAACUGGAUGGAGUUGUAACUUUAGUUGACUCGAAGCAUGCUAUGAAGCAUUUGAAUGAAGUUAAACCAAGAUUUGUUGUGAAUGAGGCAGUUGAACAGGUUGCUUAUGCUGACCGUAUAAUCAUGAACAAGAUAGAUUUGGUCACUGAGGGUGACUUGGAGAAACUGACUGAUAAAAUCAAGCAUAUUAAUAGCAUGGCUCAAAUCAAGAGAGCGAAAUUUGGAGUCGUUGACAUGGACUUUGUUUUGGGAGUUGGAGGAUAUGAUCUUGACAGAAUUGAUUCUGCAGUUAAAGUAGAUGAUUCUCACUGUGGAAACCAUCACCAUGACGCACAUGGUAGACACCACAAGGAUCAUCAUCAUGACCACUUGCAUGAUUCUACUGUAUCUAGUGUUAGUAUUGUUUCUGAGGGAACCCUUGAUCUUGAUGAGGUUGAUGAUUGGCUUGAAAGAUUGAUGGAAGAGAAAGGGGAGGACCUAUAUAGAAUGAAAGGAGUGUUGUCUGUGAAUGGCUCUGAUCAGCGUUAUGUUUUUCAGGGAGUGCAUUCCACAUUAGAUGGCUGCCCGGGGAAAACAUGGGAACCUGAUGAGAAGAGAACAAACAAGCUGGUUUUCAUUGGAAGAAAUCUGGAUGAAACUGCACUUAGAAAAGGUUUCAAAGGUUGUCUAAUUUGAUAUAUAAACCAAAAAUUGGGGGACAAAAUCAACUACAAACCCUGCUUGGUCCCCUAGUAUUAGUUUUAUUUCGUUAAAAAUUGUAAUUAAUUAAUCUCCUUUUUCUACCUUUAAGGAUGCAUCGCUCUUACAAAAACACGGAAUCAAUAAGCUUUUUAAUUGGAGAGUUUGUUGAUUUCGUCUUUGUAAAACUUCUGAUUUUCUUUAUUUUCCAAGUGCAGAAUCUAUAAAAUAA